AGCUUUUCAAGUUUUAAUUUUCAGUUUACUGGUUUCCAGAUAGACCUGCCUGAUUCAGGACACCAUUUGUUCUCCUGUAUAUAUUGGGGAAGUUUCGGGCAGACGGUCUGCAGCAAAGAGGACAUUAAAGGCUGUAAAGAUGCGUGGGAUUUUUGCUAGUUGUGCGCUCUCAGCCCUGCUGCUGGCUGCAGCCUGGGCAGACCACCACCACCACCACCACGGCUCUGAACACCACGAGGGAGAGCUGAGCUGCCACAAACUGUCCUCUCCCAAUGCUGACUUUGCCUUUGCCCUCUACAAACACCUGAGUACCAACGCUGCUGCCGGAAAAAACGUAUUCUUCUCGCCGCUGGGCAUCUCCACCGCCCUGUCCAUGCUGUCUACAGGGGCCAGUGGUGAGACCCACCGCCAGCUGUUCUCCAGCUUGGGCUACAGUGCUCAAACCCAGGCACAGGUCAACGACGCGUACGAGCAUCUCUUCCACAUGAUGGGACACAGCCAGGAGAGCCAGAAGCUGGAUGUCGGUAACGGCGUGGCCGUGCGCUCCGGCUUCAGUCCUCUGGAUAAGUUCCUGAAGGAUGUCAAGCACUACUACUCCGCCGAUGUCUUCAACGUUGACUUCACCAAACCUGCAGAGGCUGCGGCUCAGAUAAACACCUUCAUUGCCAGUAAAACCCAGGACAAGAUCAAAGAUAUGGUGAAGGACCUGGACAGUGAGAUGGCCAUGGUGCUGAUCAACUAUGUCUACUUCAGAGGACAAUGGGAGAAACCCUUCGAUGGGAACCAGACGCACAAGGCAGACUUCAAUGUGGACGAAGCCACCAAGGUCCAGGUGGAUAUGAUGAAGAGGAAUGGCCGCUACGAAUACUACCAGGACACCGACAACCACACCACGGUCGUCAUGCUGCCCUACAAGGGCAACACGUCCAUGAUGAUCGUCCUGCCCGAUGAAGGCAAGAUGAGCGAGGUGGAGGGCUACAUCAACAAGGACUACAUCAAGCACUGGCAUGACUCUCUCUUCAGGAGCUCUGUGGAUCUGUUCCUGCCAAAGUUUUCCAUUUCUGCUGAAGCCUCCCUGGACAGCCCACUCAAAGAACUGGGCAUAACCAACGCUUUUGCGGAUAAUGCAGAUUUCUCUGGCGUGUCUGACGAGAUCAAGCUCAAAGUCUCAAAGGUGUCCCACCAGGCCGUGCUGAGCGUGGACGAAACGGGAACAGAGGCAGCAGCCGUCAGCACAAUCGAGGUCAUGCCCAUGAGCAUGCCUGAAACGAUAAAACUCGACAGACCCUUUAUGGUCUUCAUCCUGGAGCACUCGACCAGGAGCAUCAUCUUCAUGGGAAAGAUCAGCAACCCCACAGCCGAGUAAAGAUGCUAGGGGAAGAGAGGAGUGUUACAUGCGUUACUUUUUCACACUGUAGUUUUUUGUUUUUUGCCAAAGGACAUUAGCUCCUUUUUUACCUUUUUUAGCAUUUGCAAGCCUUGCAAUGAUGUCACAGUGAUAUUAAGAGCCUGGGGGGGGGGGGAGAAUUGAUAAAUGGGGGACAGUUUGAUGAACAAGAUGACAGAUCUAUAAUGGAGUAACAGAAAUGUCAGCCCAUUAAUCUGCUUUGCCGUCUGCCAACAUGACACAUUUAUUACCAUCUGUCAUCUGAAUCUGGCUUGGUGUACAAAUACUGAACUACAUAAUUGUAUAUUGUAUCCAGCUGACUGUAUGAGAUAUUUUUUUUUAUUUUUUUUUUUUUAAAAGAGUCUGCUUACACUCACUGGGCUAAUGCUGUUUCAACAUGGUGAAGUGAAAUAAAGAAUUUUUUAAUCUGGG